CUUUGAGAGACUUCUCUGUUUCCUUGGCCCAACUUUCUGUUAACACAAAACACAAAGCAUAAUACAAGGAUCAAUUCUUGACAGCUAAAAAGAUGAGGACGAUCCACGCAAGCUUCCUUUUCGUGCUUUGCUUGCUUCUGGUUCUCAAUUCUGCUGCUUUUUUAUCGCGGCUGCCAAAUCAAGCGUACCCGAUAAAUGCUGAUAUCACGACGUAUCCUCAAAACAAAAAUGAAGUGCCUGGAAGCUCAGCAAUCAAAAAGCAAGCAAAAUUGCUGCCCAUCUCAGUACAGAGACAGCGAAGAUCAGUUGCGUCUAUACAAACGAUGGGUAUUUUUGGGCUCGGUCUGCCCGAGAUCGGUAUUAUUUUAGUCGCAGUUGCUUUUGUCCUGGGACCACAGACACUCGGUAAACUUGCUAAGUCUUCCGCUACCUUGGCAAAUGAGUACAAAGAAGAGCUAAGUCGAGUUCCCGACGAAUUUAAGAAGGGACUGGAGGAAGGUGAGACCGAUGCCCGCGCUCGGAAGGCGAAGCCCGUGAAAGUUCUGCCGAAAGAAGAACGAGAGUAGGUGGACGCUUCGAUAGCACACCGGACAAAAAGUUACUUCAGCUGGAGGUACCAAAAGCAGGCUUUUAGGUGUUACGUCAACUUGACCGAUGCAUUUACUUUUAAACAUGUUGACCGAUGC